CACGAGUUAGUAUACGCACAAAUAUUGUUCUUCUUUGCCUCGAUGGUCUUUUUCGUCGUCUCCUUCGUCUCCUGUUCCUCUUCGCUCCUUUCAUUUUGGACAUUACUUUACUGGAGAGCUGCGAGCUCCUGCAAGCCUCCUUCAGGUAACACAACAGCAUUCCAGCAGCAUUCAUCGAAACAAAUUGGACCGGAUGCAAGUGAACAGUUCCGCAAGCCGGGGAUGAGAGGGUUGGGAGCAGUGCCGUGCCGUUCGGAGAAUUCAAUAUCUCUGAUGGGCAAAGGCAGUCGCGUUGACAGCCAAGUCGGCCUAUAUGGUGGGUUGUGUUGACAAACAGCUGAUUGAGCGAGUGAGGGAUAAUUGAGGAAAGAAGUAUGAUCAGACUGUCUCGGUCCAAGCGGUGUUGUGCUUUGCUUGGUUGCGGCGAUGUGACAAUGCCAAUCUGUCCUGCCGAGAUUGAGCAGGAUAUGCCGGA